AUGGCCAGUCACAGCACUGGCGAGAGCGAGUUCAAGCGCGUGCAGGAGGACGAAGAGGAGUUCCAAAAGGGACCGCUGUCUGUGCUCAUGCACAGCGUCAAGAACAACUCGCAGGUGCUCAUUAACGUGCGCAACAACCACAAGCUGCUCGCACGGGUCAAGGCCUUCGACCGCCACUGCAACAUGGUGCUCGAGAACGUCAAGGAAAUGUGGACCGAAGUGCCCAAGGCGGGCAAGGGCAAGAAGGCGGCCAAACCCGUGAACAAGGACCGCUUUGUCAGCAAAAUGUUCCUGCGCGGCGACUCGGUGAUCCUCGUGCUGCGCAAUCCGCACGCGUAG